ACGAUUUCCCUACCUUGGUUUCGUACUGUUCUCUCCAUCAUGAAGAUCAAGGCGCUUUCACGAUCUGGCGCUUCCGCGCAGGCACCUGGAGCAAAUGUUGCCAAACUCACGCGCAACCUCGAUCCCAACCAGCAUCCCUUCGAACGGGCCCGCGAGUACACGAGAGCGCUCAAUGCCACUAAACUCGAGCGCAUGUUUGCGAAGCCCUUCCUGGGCGACUUUGCACCGGGCCAUGUCGACGGUGUCUACAGCUUCGCCAAAGACCCGGGGAGCCUCGAACAUUUUGCAUCUGGCAGUGGCGACGGCAUCGUCAAGAUGUGGAACAUGACGAGCCGAGAGGAAAAGUGGCAGAGCCAGGCGCAUCAAAAUAUUGUCAAGGACAUGUGCUGGACGAGAGACAGAAAAUUGUUGACUUGCGGAAGCGACCAAAAAGUUAACCUAUUCGACCCAUACAAUACCACAUCAAAAAGUCCGCCCGUGGCUACAUGGCAUGGCGGCGCAUUCACUUCAUUGUCGCAUCACCGAAAUCUACCCUCUUUCGCAGUAGCCUCGGAUAAAGUGUCCAUCUACGAUAUAUCAAGGACUUCUGGUGCACCUACGCAGACUCUGCAAUGGCCGUCAGCGAUCGACACUAUCAGUGCUUUGGCAUGGAAUCAGUCAGAAACGUCCAUUAUAGCCUCUGCCGCUACAGACCGCGCCGUUAUUCUCUACGACUUGCGGACCAACUCGCCUCUUCAUCGAACAGUGUUGCAUUUGGCUUCCAACUCAAUUGCUUGGAAUCCUAUGGAGCCCUUCAACUUUGCUAUCGGCAACGAAGACCACAACAUCUAUGGAUUCGACAUGCGAAACAUGAAACGCGCCCUCAAUGUAUACAAAGGGCAUGUUGCCGCCGUCAUGAGCGUCGAGUUCAGCCCGACCGGAGAGAAGCUAGUAUCUGGUUCCUAUGACCGAACCGUUCGUCUAUGGGAUCGCCAGAAGGGUCACUCAGAAGACAUAUAUCACACCAAGCGCAUGCAGAGAGUCUUCUCCGUAGCUUGGUCGGCCGACAAUAACUACGUCUUGAGCGGUAGCGACGAUGGCAACGUCCGGUUAUGGCGAGCAAAGGCUUCGUCCAGGCAAGGUGUCAAAACUGCCGCGCUCCGUCAGAAACUAGACUAUAACGACGCGCUCAAGGAGCGGUACAAGCACAUGCCUGAGAUCAGACGCAUUGCGCGCCACAGGCACGUGCCCAAGGUGAUCAAGAAGGCUGGUGAGAUCAAGACUGAGGAGCUCAAGGCUAUCAAGAGGAAGGAAGAGAAUGAGCGCCGACACUCGAAGAAGGGCGAGGUUAGACGUCAAGCUGAGCGUGAAAAGAUGAUAUUGGCCCGGGAGCAGUAG